AUGCUCAGAAUCUUCUAUGCUGAGCUACCCCCAACCCCAACCCCAACCCCAAUUGCUCUUUUAAUUCCCCCCUCAUUUUCUCUCUCCUCUUUUGCGUGUAAUCUUUCUGCAAUUGCAAGUGCAAGUGCAAGUGAUUCAUGUCCGUUGCUUUUGGUAUCAGCAGAAACGCACACACAAGUUGUAAGGAAAGGAAAGGAGUAGCUGUACCCGAAACACGCUAGCACACUUUCCAUUAUCAUUAUUAUUAUAUAAUGUGCGUGCAAGACUUUGAGUCAACUGAUGAAGAAUUGCUCAAAACCUCCAAUCUUUCUGAAAAUUCCAAUAAUACCCAGAUGGAUUAUUCAACUACUCCCAACUCUAAUUCUUCUCCUCUAGAGAGCAUUAAUGAAGAAAGAAGUGUCGUUUUAGAUGAAAUUCAAACUUUGUCAGUGGAUUUCGUUCCUACCCUUCGAUCAGGAGAGUGGUCUGAUAUUGGAGGACGUGAUUACAUGGAAGAUACACAUGUAUGUAUACCUGAUUUAGCCAAGAAUCUUGGCAGCGAAACAGUUGAUGAAGAAGCUGUGUCUUUCUAUGGGGUAUUUGAUGGUCAUGGAGGAAAAGCUGCUGCACAAUAUGUCCGAGACCAUCUCCCUAGAGUCAUAGUUGAAGAUGCUGAUUUUCCUGUAGAGCUUGAGAAAGUGGUCACAAGGUCAUUCAUUAAGACUGAUACUGCAUUUGCUAGGUCGUGCCCUGUUGGAUCUUCCCUAUCUUCUGGAACUACUGCUAUUACUGCAAUGAUCUUUGGGAGAUCUUUACUUGUAGCAAAUGCUGGAGAUAGCCGAGCAGUUCUUUGUCGACGUGGAAUGGCUUUGGAGAUGUCAAAAGAUCACAGGCCCUGCUGUAGAAAUGAAUUGGCGAGGGUAGAAUCGUUGGGAGGAUACGUUGAAUAUGGAUAUCUAAACGGGCAAUUAGGUGUAACAAGGGCUCUUGGAGAUUGGCAUCUCGAGGGAAUGAAACACAUUGAUAAAAAGGGUGGACCUCUGAGUGCUGAGCCCGAACUUAAACUUGUGACAUUAACCAAAGAAGAUGAGUUUUUGAUCAUUGGAUGUGAUGGCAUAUGGGAUGUUUUCAGCAACCAAAAUGUGGUGGAUUUUGUUCGAAAGCGGCUUCAAACCCAUAAUGAUGUUAAGUUGUGCUGCAAGGAAGUAGUAGAGGAAGCGAUCAAGCGGGAUGCCAUGGAUAAUUUGACAGUUGUUAUUGUAAGCUUUCACUUGGAUCCACCUCCAGCAAUUGUGCCACAAAGAAUGAGGUUCAGAAGAAGCAUUUCUGCUGAUGGACUUCAGAACAUUAGGAAUAACCUGGAAGGUUAGAAAAAAUAAUGCCACUAUGUAGAUUAAUCAGUAAAAAUAGACUCAUCUAUUGAACUGCUUUUCCAUCUUCAUUCGUAAUGUCUGUACAUAAUUAUUCUUGAUGGUGAGUUAGCAGAAAGUACCGGAAUAGCGGUAUUCAAUCUGUUAGCUCCAUUCAUUCCAUCCGAAAACAAUAGUCACAUACAAUAUCCAUUUUUUAUGAAAUAAUAAUUGAUUAUUUAAUGAUUGAA